CGCUCUAGGAGGAGAAUGUCCUUCCAAGGCAAGAAGAGCAUCCCCCGGAUCACGAGUGAUCGCCUUCUGAUCAAAGGUGGGAAGGUGGUGAACGAUGACCAGUCCUUUUACGCUGAUUUGUAUGUGGAAGACGGUUUGAUAAAACAAAUUGGAGAAAACCUCAUCGUCCCUGGGGGCAUCCGCACCAUCGAUGCCCACGGCCUGAUGGUCCUUCCAGGAGGUGUCGACGUCCACACGAGGCUGCAGAUGCCUGCCCUGGGCAUGACCCCGGCUGACGACUUCUGCCAGGGCACCAAGGCAGCCCUCGCGGGAGGGACCACCAUGAUAUUGGACCACGUGUUCCCCGACGCGGGUGUGAGCCUGCUGGCGGCCUACGAGCAGUGGCGGGAGCGGGCGGACGCCGGGGCCUGCUGCGACUACUCCCUGCACGUGGACAUCCCCCGCUGGCAUGAGAGCAUCAGGGAGGAGCUGGAGGCCCUGGUCAAGGACAAGGGUGUGAACUCCUUCCUGGUCUUCAUGGCGUACAAGGACAGAUGCCAGUGCACCGACGGCCAGAUGUACGAGAUCUUCAGCAUCAUCCGGGACCUGGGAGCCCUGGCCCAAGUGCACGCGGAGAACGGAGACAUCGUGGAGGAGGAGCAGAAGCGGCUGCUGGAGCUCGGCAUCACCGGCCCCGAGGGCCACGUGCUCAGCCACCCCGAUGAGGUGGAGGCCGAGGCCGUGUACCGUGCCGUCACCAUCGCCAAGCAGGCCAACUGCCCCCUGUACGUCACCAAGGUGAUGAGCAAGGCUGCGGCUGACGUGGUGGCCCGAGCCAAGCGCAGGGGGGUGGUCGUGUUUGGGGAGCCCCUCACCGCCAGCCUGGGCACUGACGGCUCGCAUUACUGGAGCAAGAACUGGGCAAAGGCCGCGGCCUUCGUCACCUCCCCCCCCAUCAACCCGGACCCCACCACCGCAGACCACCUCACCUCCCUGCUGGCCAGCGGGGACCUCCAGGUGACGGGCAGCGCCCACUGCACCUUCACCACUGCCCAGAAGGCCGUCGGCAAAGACAACUUCACCCUCAUCCCCGAGGGCACCAACGGUGUGGAGGAGCGCAUGUCGGUGGUCUGGGAGAAGUGCGUGGCCUCAGGGAAAAUGGACGAGAACGAGUUCGUUGCUGUGACCAGUACAAAUGCAGCCAAAAUCUUCAAUUUCUACCCAAGGAAGGGGCGAGUGGCUGUGGGCUCCGACGCUGACCUGGUGAUAUGGAACCCCAAGGCCACGAAAAUCAUCUCCGCCAAGAGCCACAACCUGAACGUGGAGUACAACAUUUUUGAAGGCGUGGAGUGCCGAGGAGCCCCCUCGGUGGUCGUCAGUCAGGGCAGGGUGGUCCUGGAGGACGGGCACCUGUUCGUCACUCCGGGGGCCGGCCGCUUCAUUCCUCGGAAGACGUUCCCCGACUUCGUCUACAAGAGGAUCAAGGCGCGCAACCGGCUGGCAGAGAUUCACGGCGUGCCCCGAGGCCUCUACGAUGGGCCGGUCCACGAGGUGAUGGUGCCCACCAAGCCCGGGGGUGGCUCCCAGGCCCGUGCGUCCUGCCCGGGGAAGAUCUCAGUGCCCCCCGUGCGGAACUUGCACCAGUCGGGGUUCAGCUUGUCUGGAUCUCAGGCAGAUGACCACAUUGCCAGACGCACAGCCCAGAAGAUCAUGGCGCCCCCUGGUGGACGUUCCAACAUCACCUCGCUGUCCUAGACGGCACUCAGUGCUCAGGGUGUGAGCAGCGGGUGCUGUCCCAGACAGGCGGCGUGGGGCUCCCUCUCCCUGUUAGCUUUCCCUUUGUUGAACUGACUUUGAAAGGUGCUUGGUCUUCCCUUCCCCUCCCCAGAAACUCUCCUUUUGGGGGUCCCAGGCCCUGUUAUGAGGGCCGAAUCUGGGGAGGUGCCACUGCCAGGGACAGCUCAGGUUGCCUGGGCUGGGUGCUAGGUGCCUCAUGAAGGCAGGGCUGUGGGAACCCCCGGGGCCUCACAACACACACAGGCCAAGGGUUUGGGGUUUGCCCCCUGCUCCCCGUGUGCAUCACUGCGUCUCUGCCGUCUGCCUCCCUGCGGAGCUGCUGCCUGUGCCCCGGCCCCCGGCCCCCGGCUCAGCCCGUCACAGCACAGGAGCAGCGCCCGUGAGCUGAGCCCCACCGGGGCUGCUGUGACUUCAGGGACCCGCUGGGAGCUGAGCGCGGCGUGGCUUCCCAGCCGAGCGGCUUCCCAGCCGCGUUGUACACUUCCGAGGACCAAACCUCCGCCUUCGUAGUCGCCCAUCUCCAGGGGAAGUUAGGACCUUCAGCUAGGAUGCCCCGUCUUGUUGCCGACUGUGCGUCCGGUAGUGCGGUAGAGCAGCAGCUUAGUGCGGUGAGGACUCUGUAGCCAGGACUCCGCAUGCCGCCCCGCCCGGCCGCAGCACU